AUGGUGCUGACCCGGUGUAGCUGGCUCUUCCUCAGUGCCACGUUCCUGAAUGCCAGGGCCGAGAUCUCCGUCACCCCAGAGCCUGCCCAGCCGGCCGAGGGGGACAACGUCACGCUGGUCGUCCGCGGGCUCUCGGGGGAACUGCUGGCCUACAGCUGGUACGCGGGGCCUACGCUCAGCCUGACUCACCUGGUGGCCAGCUACAUCGUGAGCACAGGCGACGAGACCCCCGGCCCAGCGCACACGGGGCGGGAGGCCGUGCGCCCCGACGGCAGCCUGGACAUCCAGGGCGUCCUGCCCAGGCACUCGGGCACCUACAUCCUGCAGACACUCAACAGGCAGUUUCAGACCGAGGUGGGCUACGGACACUUGCAGGUCUAUGAGAUCCUGGCCCCGCCCGUGGUCAUGACCAACAGCACAGAGUUGGUGGAGCGCCGAGACACCCUGCGGUUGGUGUGCAGCAGCCCCAGCCCGGCCGAGGUCCGCUGGUUCUUCAACGGCGAGGCCCUGCCCAUUGCCAUCCGCCUCGGCCUGUCCCCGGAUGGCCGGGUGCUGACCCGGCACGGCAUCCGCAGGGAAGAGGCCGGAGCCUACCAGUGUGAGGUGUGGAACCCAGUCAGCGUCAGCCGCAGCCAGCCCCUCAACCUGACGGUGUACUUUGGCCCAGAGCGCGUGGCCAUCCUCCAGGACUCCACUGCCCGCACAGGCUGCACCAUCAAAGUCGACUUCAAUACGUCCCUCACCCUGUGGUGCGUGUCCCGGUCCUGUCCGGAGCCCGAGUACGUGUGGGCCUUCAACGGGCGGGCCCUUCAGAAUGGCCAAGACCACCUGAACAUCAGCAGCAUGACGGCGGCCCAGGAGGGCACGUACACGUGUAUCGCCAAGAACCCCAAGACCCUGCUGUCUGGUUCUGCCUCUGUGGUGGUCAAGCUCACUGCGGCGGCAGUCGCUAUGACCAUCGUGCCGGUGCCCAGCAAGCCCACGGAGGGCCAGGACGUGACGCUGACCGUACAGGGCUACCCCAAGGACCUGCUGGUCUACGCCUGGUACCGCGGGCCCGCCUCCGAGCCCAGCCGGCUGCUCAGCCAGCUGCCGUCCGGGAACUGGAUCGCAGGCCCGGCGCACACGGGCCGCGAGGUGGGCUUCGCCAACUGCUCGCUGCUGGUGCAGAAGCUGAACCUCACGGACGCCGGCCGCUACACGCUCAAGACCGUCACCCUGCAGGGCAAGACCGACACGCUGGAGGUGGAGCUGCAGGUGGCCCACGAGGUAUACACAGGCCCCUCCACUCGGCGGGGAGCUGCUAAAAGUGACCACCGCGCGCUCUCACUAAGCGCUACUCCAGACUGA